AUGAAAUCUGUUGACUCUUCACUCAAGCUCGGAACCCCUCCCCAAACCCUCCCUUUAUCUUCUCCUCCUCCUCCGCCGCCGCCAUGAACCUGUCCUCUCCAGCCUCCGUAUCCUCCGCGCCGCGCACGCUGGGAGGGCCCCAUCUAGGGCAGCUUAUCGGGUGCCACCCCCAAAUCCAGCUCCUUCUUCCCAACAGGAACCCCCAGAAGCCGGCGUUCCUCUGCGCCGCCGCUAAGAGCGGCUCCGCGGUGAUACAGCAGGAAAUCGGCGAGUCUGGAUCGGGGCUGAGCCGGAUUGAGUCGCUGAGUCAAGUCUCCGGCGUUCUUGGGUGUCAGUGGGGGGACGAAGGUAAAGGAAAGCUGGUGGAUGUUCUCGCAAAGCACUUCGAUAUCGUGGCUCGUUGUCAGGGUGGAGCUAACGCUGGCCACACAAUCUAUAACUCCGAAGGCAAGAAGUUUGCCCUCCACCUUGUUCCCUCAGGCAUCCUUAACGAGGAAACUAUUUGUGUAAUCGGUAAUGGAGUCGUUGUGCAUGUGCCUGGUUUUUUUGAUGAAAUCGAUAAACUCGAAGCCAACGGCGUUUCGUGCAAAGGGAGAAUCUUGGUUUCGGAUCGUGCUCACCUGUUGUUCGAUCUCCACCAAAUUGUGGACGGGCUUAGGGAAGCGGAGCUUGCAAAAUCAUUCAUCGGCACCACCAGGCGAGGCAUCGGGCCUUGCUACUCGAGCAAAGUUAUACGGAAUGGGAUAAGAGUGAGUGACUUGAGGCAUAUGGACACUUUCCCUCAGAAGCUCGAUGUUUUGUUAUCUGAUGCUGCAUCGAGAUUCAGAGGUUUUGACUAUAGCCCUGAAGUGCUCAGGGAUGAGGUCGAGAGAUACAAGGGUCUUGCGGAUAAAUUGGAGCCGUUUAUUACGGACACUGUGCAUUUUAUGAACGAUGCUAUAUCUCGGAAGAAGAAGAUUUUGGUGGAAGGUGGCCAGGCUACUAUGCUGGAUAUUGACUUUGGGACGUACCCUUUUGUAACUUCGUCUAGUCCGUCUGCUGGAGGAAUUUGCACAGGCCUUGGUAUUGCUCCAAGAGUUCUUGGCGAUCUUGUUGGGGUGGUCAAAGCAUAUACUACUCGAGUUGGUUCGGGUCCUUUCCCUACAGAAAUCUUGGGUAAAGGGGGUGACUUGCUUAGGUUCGCUGGGCAGGAGUUUGGGACAACUACUGGACGCCCUCGUCGUUGUGGAUGGCUCGAUCUAGUUGCACUCAAAUAUUGUUGCCAGAUAAACGGGUUCUCAUCUUUGAACCUCACCAAACUUGACGUGCUGUCAGAUUUCGAGGAAAUUCAAUUGGGUGUUUCGUACAAGACGAUUGAUGGUACUCCAAUCCACUCAUUCCCUGCUGACCUUCGUCUUCUGGAAGACAUCAAGGUCGAGUACGAGAUUAUGCCAGGGUGGCAGAGCGAUAUUUCUUCUGUAAGGGACUACUCUGAGCUGCCAAAAGCGGCACGUAAUUAUGUCGAGAGGAUAGAACAACUUGUCGGUGUACCCAUUCACUACAUAGGAGUGGGGCCGGGACAGCAGAGGAUGAUGAAUGCUUCUUUUUCUCCUGGCUGGCUCUUCUUCUUCUUCUUCUUCUUCUUCUUCUUCUUCUUCUUCUUCUUCUUCUUGUUAAUGGCGGCUUCACACAAAAAAGCCCGAGUAAAAAACGUCUCUUUAUGCCGCUGGGUUGUGAUUGGUGUGUUUGGUUUUGUUUUGUUAGUCUUGUGUUUGAGGACAAACACAUUUAUAGAUUUAGCCGGCAGAUAUUCAUUUGACAGCACCACAUAUGGAGGAGAAAGAGAAAGCCUAGGAUCUCCUUAUAACUACACUUUAAUUUCCAGCAACAAGAACUUGAAUCUCCCCAAACAGACCAAAUUAUCGAUUUCGCUCGAAAAACGAAAUCAACUCCCACCGAAAAACUUGGAUUUGUACCCCAAUCUCCCCAAGAAUCACAUAGUCAUCGUGUUGUACGUUCACAAUCGGCCCCAAUACCUCCAAGUAGUCAUCGACAGUCUCUCCCGAGUCGAGGGCAUUAGCGAAACCCUCCUAAUCGUAAGCCACGAUGGAUCUUUCGAAAAAAUGAACAGAAUAGUCGAAAAUAUAAAAUUCUGCCGUGUGAAGCAAAUCUUUGCCCCUUUCUCCCCUCAUUUGUUCGAAAACUCCUUCCCGGGCUUCUGUCCCAACGACUGCAGAGAUAAAAACGACCCCCCCAAGAAAAAUUGCAUCGGGACCCCCGACCAAUAUGGAAAUUACCGUUCGCCUAAGAUCGUGUCCCUCAAACACCAUUGGUGGUGGAUGAUGAAUACUGUGUGGGACGGGUUAAGGGAGACUCGAGCUCACUCGGGUCAUAUCCUCUUCAUAGAGGAAGACCACUUCAUUUACCCCAACGCUUAUCGUAACUUGCAGCUUCUCGUGAAGCUGAAGCUCGAAAAAUGCCCCCUUUGCUACGCGGCUAAUCUCGCCCCAUCUGACGUAAAGUCUAAGGGCGAAAACCAUGCCCGUUUAGUUGCCGAGCGAAUGGGAAAUGUUGGGUAUUCGUUUAAUCGGACGGUGUGGAGAAAGAUUCAUAAAAAAGCACGUGAAUUCUGCACGUUCGACGACUAUAACUGGGAUAUAACGAUGUGGGCCACUGUUUAUCCGUCGUUUGGGGGCCCGGUUUACACGCUGCGGGGCCCAAGAACGAGCGCGGCCCAUUUUGGGAAAUGCGGGCUUCAUCAAGGCCAGGGAAAACAAACGGCGUGCAUUGAUAAUGGGGCUGCGAGUUUUAAAGUGGAUGAUGUGGAUAAAGUUGUUAGUGUGAGGUCUGAUUGGGGUGUGCAAGUGUACGAGAAUCAAGAGGGUUAUCAGGCUGGGUUUAAGGGNNGGGGUGAUGGGAGAGAUCGUGAAUUGUGUUUGGAGUUUGCAAAGAUGUAUCGGGCUUGA